GGGCUGAGGCCGGUCGUGUGCCAGGCUCACCGGCUCACACGAGCUGAUCCAAAAGCUAAAACAGACGCAAAGAGACGCGUGCCACUUCUCCAAAACUCUCCGCGCACUCAGCUGAUUGUAAGACUCGAACCCUUCAGCAUCAUCAUGGACUCCGUGUACUCCGACAUCGACAGCAACAGCUGCGACUUCUUCCAGCACACAGACGACGAGGAGUCCCGCGGCUCCCCGCGCUCGUCCCCGGGCUCCCCGGAGCCCGAGCAGCCCGCGCAGCCGCAGAAGAAGCGGCGUCGCGGCCGCGGACGCAGCGAAGGCGCUGUGCCGGUGGUGAGGAAGAACCGGCGCGUGAAAGCCAACGACCGGGAGAGGAACCGCAUGCACAACCUGAACGACGCGCUGGACACGCUGCGCGAGAUCCUCCCCGCGUUCCCGGACGAAACCAAACUCACUAAGAUCGAGACUCUGCGCUUUGCGCACAACUACAUCUGGGCGCUGUCGGAGACCAUCCGCAUCGCAGACCUGCAGGCCGGGAAGAGCGACGCCUCUCUGCUGCGGAGGGAGGCCCCGAGCCCCGGCAGCGACGCCUGCUCCUGGAGCUCCUGCAGCGGCUCUUCUGACUCUUCCUCCCCGUCCUACUGCGCCUCCAGCCCGGGCAGCCCCGCAGCCGCGGACUACCUGCCGCACGACGCGCUGUUCGCCUUCCGCAGCUUCGUGCCGGGCAUCUACUGAGACACACACACACACACACACACACACACACACACACACACACACACACACACACACACACACACACACACACAGGUGUCUGCCAAAAAGUGAUCAUCCGCCAAAAACUCAAUUUCUGUCCGUGCAUGCGCAGCCUCUUUAAGCUCAGUUUCUGUGUCCUCUCGUCUGGAAAACUGCGUGUUGCUUGGUUGUAUUGUAUCUGUCAUAACUCUCAUUCAUAAAACCAAAUGAUUCUGAGGCAGAAACACAAAGUAGGCCUAUACGAGCAUGAGAUCACUUUAUGGCGAGAGGAAAAAAAGAACUGGAUUGGUUAUAAUUUAUAUGACUCAGGGCGCUUUU